AAGAUUCGUAUAAAAAUAUGUUGUGGCUUGUGUGCGAAUUAAACUAUUUUGUUUAAGACUAAAGUUGAAACAGAAGAUAGAUAAUAUAUAAUAAGUUUGGGUUAGAUUCAACCAAGUGUAGGAGCGUUUACGAAGAGUCGCACAAUGUCGCAAGCGUACUCGUUGCAUGUGUUGAAGGUGGCGGUGGCCAGGAUUUGCCAGACGAUUGGCUGGCACUCGGCGCACACGACGCCGAUCGAUUUGUUGAUCGAUGUUACACAGCACUUUCUGCGUGAGAUGUGCCGGAUUAUGAUGCGCUACUGCGAGCUGUACAAUCGCACCGAGCCGAACCUGGACGAUCUGGCGUUGGCGUACCGGGACAUGGGUAUCAACCUACAGGAGCUGAUGGAGUACAUUCAGUUCGUCGAUCCGAUCAUGCUACCGUUCGAGGUACCGCGGUUUCCGGUGCCGCGCGAAUCGAACCUAAAUUUCCUGAAACCGGGCAGCCGGGAGAUGAUGAUGCGUCCGUUGCACAUCCCGUGGUACAUGCCGCCAAUGUUUCCCGAGCUGGAGGAGGCGGCAUCGGCGGUCGAGGGUGGCGAGCUCGCAAACGACGAGGAGAAGGCGCUCGUACGCCUCGACCUGCCGCCACGCGCACGAGCCAUUCUCGACGUGAUGGGAGCGUCCAGCGCGGAGCCCGUGGAGCCCGAUGCUACCGAGCUGAACCUGCUGGAAGGCGCCACACUGUCGGAAAUAACGAUCGAAGACACGAGCGAAAGGGUAGCCGAGCCCGGUGCGGUGGUUGAAGAUAGCGCACUGUUGCCGGAAACUGCCGUCGUCAACGAGGAGGUCGAAAUUCCGAUGCAAACGGUCGAGGUGAAGGAGCCGACAGAGGAUGCCCCGCCCGCACCGUCAGCACCUACCGACGCGACCGUCCUUCCACCGGUAGCGGCCAGAGACGUUGCGAAGCGUCCGGAAGCACCACUCGAUAAAGGGGGUGAUACGAGCAAAGCGAACAACCAACAACCAAGCACGAGCGAGGGCAGACCGACGCGCAACAUCAGCAGCGUCAUCAUGACAACAUCGGGGUUUAUUUCGCCCGCGCGCGAAGGCAAACUGCCCGACUCGCGUAUACCGAUCAUUCCGGAGGAGAGACCGCCGAAGAUGCUACAACCUCCUCCACCGCCGCCUGCGAUAUCUGCGCCGCAUCCGGUGUCGGGUUCAGCGGCGCAAGGCGUAGCGGCGUCACUGGCAGCGUCUUCGUCCGGGCCCACGCUCACACAUCCGCACGCGCGUGAUAAUAAACACGGUAGCGCGAACGCGGGCGGUGGUCCCCUAGCGGGCGGAACCCCGUUCGCAGGCGGCUCACCAGCAACGGCACCGUCGGCCGCAUCCCUCAAGGCGGGCGGCGGUGGUGGUGAAAAAUCUGGCAAAAAGGUGAAAAAGAAACCGGUCGAUCGCGAACGGAAGAAGGGCGAUAAAAAGGGGAGUAACGCUACACCGAAGGGGGAAAAAUCGUCGACGGGAAGUGAAUCGUCGAGUGUCAUAGGUGGAGCGCAAGCGGCAGAUGGCAGUGCGGGGUGGGGUGCGAUGUCAGCAGUUCUGCCACCGCCGCAGCAGCUCGAGGCAGCCACUGCCGUGGGUAGUCAACCACAGACCGUUGCCACGGGCGGACCACCGUCAUUUCUCCAACCAAUCACGCCAGCCGACGCUGGUUCCUCGCAGUUCGGAGUGUUUCCCGCGCCACCGGGACAGUCGACGACGAGCGGUGUGAAAGCUUCGAGCGGGAAAGCGGGUAAGGAGAAGGCCGUGAAGAAGCGUAAGGCACCGCAAGUGCAUGAUAUAGCGCUGCUCAGUACGCCGGAGUUGUUCGAUAAGUUACCACCGCCCGCCAAGCAGCCGAAGGUGAAAGGUUCCGCCAAGCGGAUCAAGCAGAAUAAGAAGCUACAAGCGCUGCAGCAGCAAGCCGAGGGGCAGGCAUUGUUCGCUCCUCACGGCGUUCCAUCGGUGGCCACCGUUCCUCCCUACCAGACGGGACCGGACGGUGCUCAACCGCCACCACCGCUCAUCGGUCCGUGGCGUCCGGGUGGUGGUUCACUGUUGGGAGAUAAAUUUUCCCUUCCCAACGCCACGCCUCUCGUACCACCGCCGGAGCUUGUCGGUAAGGCACCACCACCGUUCGGCCACCAAGGGCCGAAGCAGAAGGCAGCGUCCGGUAAACAGCACCAAGGGAAGAGUGAUGUAGCGGCGUCGGAACAAGCGGCUCAACUUUCCCUGCUACAGAUGAUGCACCCGAGCCUGGAGAUAACGGCGUCACCCUCCGUACCGGAACGUACACCACCGAAAGCGACCGGCUCGAGCAAGAAGACCGGCACCAAAGCAAAGGACGCGAAGCUGCAACCCCCGCCGCAAGAAGUCGAUCGGGACGUGAUCGUCAUCGACGACGAUAAGUCACCUCCACGUACCCCAUCGUUGAUUUUGCCGCCACCCAGCGAGAGCAAGAAGCAGCGCAAGCAGCAAACAUCGAUCGGCCGACAGCCGGACAAUCUGUUCGGGGCAGCCGGCCACAGCGAGUACGACUUUACCAUGUCAUCGCCCGGCGCGAACCCACCGCUAUCGUUCCGUGACUUCUCCUCACCGGAAGGGCACGGCAGCUCUGGUGCGAUUCCCAAGACGCCCGACAUCAAGCUGCCGAUGUCCGCGACCUCACCCUUGCUGGAUGUGGAUGGCCGCAAAGCGGGUCGGUCGGUCCCGAUGGCCGACGCGUUCGCUUCCGAUGCGUCGAUGGCAAAGAUGCCCGGUGUUGGCGCUCCUUCGCCAGCGGCGAAACCGAAGCGCCAGAAGCAAAAGGCUCCGAAGGCCGAUCAACCUGGUGGAAAGCAGGGGAAGCAGCAACAGCAGACGGUGGACCAGCAGCAACCGGAACCACCGCAGUUCGGCACCGGGUCGGAGCAGAACCGGAACAUGUUUCCGCUGUUCCCGCCGGGUCCGCAGGGGCUUGGCCAGUACAACAAUUACCUCAACCAGUCGCUCCAGGCCGGCAUGCGGUUGGGGCUGUUCCCGUUUCCGUCCGGCCCAGGGCUCAUCCCGGACAAUCCACUCUUUCCGCUGCAGCCCGGUCCGUACCCGAUGGGUGCGGGCAACUUUCCGCUGCCGCCGAACCCGUUCGCCCUGCCCCGGAUGGGCAAUCUGAUGCGCAUGCCGCACCCACUCGCCGGUGGUCGACGCGGGAUGGGGGUGGGUGGUGGCGGUGGGUCGCUGAACCCGCACCAUCACCAUCACGUCGCGUUCGACGACAACCUCGAUCCGGAGACGAAGCUCGCCCAGACGCCGCUCGAUCUGCAAAAGUCCAACUGCAACGUGGCCCCGCUUGUGCCACCGUCGCUGCUGCAGGACGAGUCGCUCAAUUUGUCGCUCCGGCUGGGGGGCUCAUCGUUGCUGGGGUCGGCAACGUCAACGGCCACGUCUAGCUCGGCCACCCAACCGGCUAAGCAGCAGCAAGAACCGCAACCGCCCGCACCGUCCCCAGCAACGGCGGGAAUGGGUUUCCUCAGCGCGCAACCAGCAUCGACGGUGAAGCAGCCGAGCAAGCAGCAGGAAUCGCGCAAGGAGGACCAGGUGGUGAUACUGCCCGCCGCAAGCGUGCUGCCCGGUGCCAGCCCCCCGCAACGCUCCAACAUGUGCGUGAUCGACCUGGACGGCGAUUCCGACGGCAGCCAGUCGACGACGAAGGACGACAAUGGGCGGCGCAAGGUGGGCAAGGAGCACAAGAAGGAGCGCAAGGUGAAGGAUGGCAAGAUCAAGAAGAAGAAGGACAAGAAGGACAAGAGCAAGAGCAAGGAGCGGGAGCGCGAGCAGCAGCUGAAGGAGCUGACGGCCGGUACCGCGUCAUCCUCGGCCGUGCUCACGAUGGGUAUGAUUGGGGCCGAGGAGGCGCUGAUGGAGCAGCUGCGCAAGGAGCGCAAGGAGAAGAAGGAAAAGCGCAAGGACAAGGUGAAGAAGGAGAAGCGCAAGGAGCGUGAACGCGCGCAGCAGGGCGCGGGUGGUGACACGCUGAUGGUCGCUACCCCGCCGGCCGGUGCCGACUCCCAGCCGGGACCCGCCGUGCCGAAGCUGAUCAUGAAGUUGAGCGGUUCGGGUGCAACGCCAUCCCCACGCUCCGACACUCCCGACCAUCACCAUCCGACGGUGGUGGCGACGGCGACGACCGCCGACCAGCCGAAGCGCGACGGCUCACCGGAACUGGCCCGCAUUUCGGCUCUCGUGACGCGCCCUCCGAAGCUGAAGCCAACGGGCGCCAUCGGUGGGGGCGGUAGUAAGGGUAAGGGUAAGGACGAGUCCCUUCUCGAUGACGAUGCGAGCGGUUUCGAGGACGUGGCCUUUCCAUCAGCGGGUGCUCCUGCCGGUGCCAAGCACCACUCGCUCACAACCGGCAGUGUCGGCACCGCCGACCCUACUACCGGUGGGAACAACCGGUCGGCUGGCACCGGCAUCAUGCCCACCAUCGGUGCCGGCUCUUCCUCCACCAGCGCGGCGUCAUCGUCUUCCGUCAAAGGCAGCAGCAAGGCGGCACGCGUCGGUGCCGAGUACGGUGGCGGUAAGUCCGGGGUCGCGAAACUCCCGGCCACCAUUGCCACCGGGAGCACCAGCAGCAGCUCCUCCUCGCGCAAGACUCCCAAGGAAGGCUCCUCGUCGAAGGGCUCGAAAGCAACCGCGGUGGCAUCGUCGACGUCGGCGGGGGCAGCCGCGCACCAUCACCAUCAUCACGCGUCGUCCUCCAGCACACUGGCGGCGGUGGCCGCCCCGGCCCAGAUGACGGACGUCGACGGCAACACCGUCUGGAUCUGUCCGGCGUGCGGGCGCGUCGACGACGGGACGCCCAUGAUCGGGUGCGACGGCUGCGACGCCUGGUAUCACUGGGUGUGCGUCGGCAUCUCGGUCCCGCCGGACGACAACGAGGACUGGUACUGCCGGGUGUGCAUCGGCAAGAUGCAGGAUUCGCACGCCGACACCGAAAAGCAACGCAAGCGCAAGAAGAAGGACAAAAAAACACCCAAGGACUAGGGACGCUCCUUACCAACAUUACCUUUCGCUAUUUUCCCCUCAGAGCUUGAAUACGAUUAAUUUGCAGGAGCUGAAUAUUGUUUACGUUUAGCGUUAAGCCCUUCUUUUACCGCUUUCGUUCAUUUAUUUGUUUACAAAAUCACAAUUUAAGCUACGAUAUGUCAUUGAAAUCUGGCAUUUUAUCAUGGGUUUUAAGCUGACUAUUGUAAAUCACUGAGAAAAUUAGAUUGCAGUAUACACACGCGCGCGCGUGCUUAGAUCCAUCAAAGUUAUUAGUUAAUAAGUUUAGUUUGAACGGCCACGCCCAGAUUCGGCAAGAUUGAUUGAGCAAAAUAAUUAAAUUGACCGGGGCCAAUCUUUAAGUUUUCUCUCAACAGGAGACUUUUCCAUCUCUUCUUCUCUACUAAAUAGCAUGCUAAAAUGAUAAGCUGAAUGGCUUUAUCUGGAAUGGAACCAAUGGAAGUGAAAGUGAGAGAACAUAAUUUUUUAGUUUGCUACAUAAUUUUUCCGUUUUAUCCGUAACAUUUGUUUGAAAUUAUUUCAAAGUAUGCAAAAACAGUUGCUAGCUAGAAACUAAUUUCUUUGGCCAAGAACAAUAUGGGGUAAUUUUUAUUGUACACUCUUAUCACUACUAAAUAAAAUCUAUUACAAAUAAUCUGAUAUUUUUAUUUCACAUAUUUUUUUUCUAUGUUUCGUGUGUCUAUUAAAGCUAGAUAGUUGAGA